AUGGCAUCCCCCUCGUUUACGUGUCUACUGCUGCCAUUUCUCUUCUCCACCAUCCUCCGUUUUCCCGCGCCUGUGCUGUCCUACGUGACCCCUGACACGAGGCUCCACCAUGUGCAAAAGGAACCCUCUAAAUACCGGGUCCACAUAGUGCUCGUCGAGCCGCCCCCCGAAACAGACACCCCACGCCAUCACUGGGAAUCCUUCUUGCCGACCACCUUGACGGACUCCGGCGAGCAACCCCUGGUGCACUCGUACACGGAGGUGUUCAGCGGGUUCGCCGCGAGGCUGACCGACUCCGAGCUGGACGCGGUGACCAAGAAGCCAGGGGUACGGGAAGGGAGUCAUCGUCGGGCGAGCAGCGGCAUCCACGUGGCGCACCCUUCCUUCGACGACCACGGCGUCCCACCGCCCCCGGCUCAGUGGAAGGGCGCGUGCGCGCCGGGCUCCGCGGCCCGGUGCAACAACAAGCUCAUCGGCGCCAGGUCGUUCGUGGGGUGCGGAGACGACGGCGUCAGCGACGAUGCCGGCCACGGGACGCACACGUCGUCCACGGCGGCGGGGAACUUCGUCGAUGGCGCGUCACGAGAAGGCCUCGCCGCCGGCACGGCGGCGGGGAUCGCUCCCGCCGCGCACGUCGCCAUUUACAAGGUGUGCGUCCUGGAGGGGUGCGACAGCUCGGCCAUACUCGCUGGACUGGACGCGGCGAUCAAGGACGGGGUGGACGUGCUCUCCAUCUCGCUAGGCGGCAGCGUGAGCUUCCCGUUCGACCAGGACCCCAUCGCCGUCGGCGCGUUCAGCGCGGUGUCCAAGGGCGUCGUCGUGGUGUGCGCCGCCGGCAACAACGGCCCCGCGCCAUCGUCCGUCGUCAACGACGCGCCGUGGAUCCUCACGGUCGCUGACGGCUCGGUGGACAGUACCCUCGAGGCGGACGUGGAGCUUGUCAACGGCCCCCACGUCGCUGGAGAGGCGCUGACUCAGCGGCGCCACUGCCUGUACGGUGAUGAUAGCAGCAUCGUCGCUGGCAAGAUCCUGGUUUGCGAGGCCACCGACUUGCCGACCGAGAUGUCCAACAUCCGUGACCUGCUGAGCGCUGGCGCGGCCGGCGUGGUGCUGACUAACUCCAACACCAGUGGCUACACCAUAGUCGUCCGGGACUACGGCCCCGGCGUCGUGCAAGUGAGCACCGCCGCUGGAGUCAACAUCACGCACUACGCGACGACAUCCACAAGGAGAAGGAGUUCCUCUGCCGCCGCCGCCUUCUUCACGUUCAACAGCACCGUGGUCGGUGCCCGUCCGUCCCCAACCGUGGCCUCGUUCUCCGGCAGGGGCUCGAGCGCGGUCACCCCCGGCGUGCUCAAGCCUGACAUCCUGGCUCCGGGACUCAACAUCCUCGCAGCAUGGCCACCAGCACUGGGCGAGACGGAGACCAGCUCCAGUAGCAGCUCCGGCUCCGGGAGGUUCAACAUCAUAUCCGGCACGUCGAUGGCGACGCCGCACAUCAGCGGCGUCGUGGCGCUCGUCAGGAACGCCCACCCGGACUGGUCGCCAGCGGCCAUCAAGUCAUCCAUCCUCACCACGUCCGACGCGGUUGACACCAACAGCGGGCCCAUCUUGGACGAGCAGCAUGACAAGGCCGGCGGACACGCGACAGGAGCCGGACAUGUGAACCCCACAAGAGCCGCCGACCCCGGCCUGGUCUACGACCUCAGCGUGCCUGAGUAUGCCGCCUACCUCUGCGCGCUGCUCGGCGACCGCGCCCAAGCAACCAUCGUGCGGAACGCGAGCCUGAGCUGCUCCAAGCUGCCCGAGACGGCCGAGGCGCAGCUGAACUACCCCACCAUCACCGUGCCUCUGCAGCCGACGCCGUUCACGGUGAACCGGACGGUGACCAACGUGGGGCCACCGUAA